AUGUCGUCCACUGGAGCCCCAAGUGUUCUUAAGGACGAGUCAACAAGAAACAUCCGUCAACUUCUAAAAGUCGUUAUUCUCUUUACCAUUGCUGGCGCUGCUGUGUCGAGUCGUCUGUUUUCUGUUAUUCGGUUUGAAAGUAUAAUUCACGAGUUCGACCCAUGGUUUAACUUUCGCGCAUCAAAAUAUCUCGUCAAGAACGGAUUCUACAACUUCUGGGAUUGGUUCGAUGAUCGAACAUGGCAUCCUCUUGGUCGUGUCACUGGUGGUACGCUCUACCCAGGCCUCAUGGUCACCUCGGGCGCUAUUUACCACAUACUUCGCUUCUUGACCUUCCCUAUUGAUAUCCGUAAUAUCUGUGUUCUUCUUGCUCCCGCUUUCUCAGGCCUGACGGCUUUUGCGACAUACCUAUUCACCAAGGAGAUGAAGGACGAGUCUGCCGGUCUUCUUGCCGCGGCUUUCAUUGGCAUUGCACCCGGUUACAUCUCCCGUUCAGUCGCUGGUUCCUACGACAAUGAGGCGAUUGCCAUUUUCUUGUUGAUGUUUACGUUCUACCUCUGGAUUAAAGCCUUGAAGGUUGGAAGCGCGUACUGGGGUGCACUUUGCGCCUUGUUCUACUUCUAUAUGGUUGCUGCUUGGGGUGGUUAUGUUUUCAUUACCAAUAUGAUCCCCCUUCAUGCCCUGGUCUUGAUCGCCAUGGGAAGGUAUUCGCCGAGGCUCUAUGUCGCGUACACUAGUUGGUUCGCUCUAGGGACCUUAGGAAGCAUGCAGAUUCCGUUCGUCGGGUUCUUGCCCAUUAGAUCUUCAGAGCACAUGUCCGCACUUGGCGUAUUCGGUCUUAUCCAAAUUGUUGCCUUUGUUGAAUUCGUCAGGGAACAUGUUCCUUCUCGCCAAUUCCAGACUCUCUUGAAGUCAUUUAUUCUCAUCACCUUUCUCGGAUCAAUGGGAGCUCUUGUUCUUUUGACUCUCUCUGGUGUAAUUGCACCAUGGUCUGGGCGUUUUUACUCCCUUUGGGAUACCGGAUACGCCAAAAUCCACAUUCCUAUCAUUGCCUCUGUCUCUGAACAUCAACCUACUGCAUGGCCCUCAUUCUUCUUUGACCUUGAGAUGUUGAUCUGGAUGUUCCCCGCCGGUAUUUACAUGCUUUUCAGCACCCUCGAGGAUCAUCACGUCUUUGUCAUCAUCUAUGGUAUCAUGGCUAGUUACUUCGCUGGCGUUAUGGUUCGUUUGAUGUUGACCCUGACACCUGUUGUCUGUGUUUCUGCGGCCAUUGCAUUGUCAAACAUAUUAGACUCUUAUCUCACUGUCAGAAGUCCUGAGAUUCCAGAGGCUCUUGAGACUGCUUCCGUCGUUGAUGAUGCUGCCGAUUCAGCCUCUACCACCGCUGUCCCUAAGGCGCAAAAGAAACGUACUAAUCUUCUCAACUCGGCCAAGGGAACAAUGGUCGGAAUUUACUCCAGCUGGUCCAAGCUAGUUGUCGUUGGUGCUUUCACUGUUUACCUCUUCAUUUUUGUCCUGCAUUGUACAUGGGUCACAUCCAACGCCUACUCUUCACCUUCCGUUGUGUUGGCUUCAAGAGGGGCUGAUGGAUCGCAGCACAUUAUUGAUGACUACCGUGAAGCAUACUACUGGCUCAGGAAAAACACCCCCGAUGAUGCUAAGAUCAUGUCAUGGUGGGACUACGGAUAUCAAAUUGGCGGGAUGGCAGACCGUACUACGUUAGUUGACAAUAAUACUUGGAAUAACACACAUAUUGCGACGGUUGGGAAAGCCAUGAGCUCCCGCGAGGAGGUUUCAUAUCCAAUCUUAAGGCAACAUGACGUUGACUACGUUCUCAUUAUCUUCGGUGGUCUUUUGGGGUACUCUGGCGAUGAUAUCAACAAGUUCCUUUGGAUGAUCCGUAUCGCCGAAGGUGUCUGGCCAAAUGAAAACUCUCUUCUCUAUAAGAUGUCAUACUACAACUACGAUCGUCUUUUCCCCGCUGGCCAAGCUCAGGACCGUGUUCGCAACGUUAAGCUUCCGGCAAAGGGGCCCGAACUGAAUGUCCUUGAGGAAGCCUUCACCAGUGAAAACUGGAUUGUAAGAAUCUACAAGGUCAAAGACUUGGAUAAUGUUGGCCGUGACCAUGCCGCGGCAAACGCGUUUGCCGCAGGCAAGAAGAAGGCCAAGCGAGGCGGCAAGGCAGCAAAGGGCGCGAACCGAAAGCUAAGGGUCGUGUAG